ACAGAGAGUGAGAGAGUAAUAAGAUCCCCAAAAAAACACCAAAUUUGACUAUAAAAUACCCCCUUCUCUCUCUCCAUUUCCAUCACCAGCUCCACUCUCCAUUUCCAUCACCAGCUCCACUCUCUCUCUCUCUCUCUCUCUCGCACAUUGCCAGUCUUCUCGGUGUUUCUCUUCUACUCCGAUAGAAAAGAAACACUCAAAGCCGACUAGUUCUGGCAGAAUCUGCAAGAGGGGGGAAAACCCAAUUUCUGCACUCUUUCUUGGUAGAGACUCAGAGAGAAACAGAAACCCACUAAUCCAUACACAUUUUUGCUUAGAUCUAAAUGGUUUCUUUAGGAAGCUAAAUCCCGAGCUAAUUCUCCGACCUUUCCCCUGUUUCGAAACCCCUCUGUUUCUUCUGCAACUUCUCGCUGUUGAAAUGGCCGGGGUGAAGGCUCUGAUUCCGGAGACAUUCGGCGGGGCGAGAGAGGACAUAGCGGGGCAACUUGGGCUGAUCUGGGAACUGGUGAAGGCGCCAUUGAUAGUGCCGUUGCUGAGGCUGGCCAUGUACAUAUGCUUGGCCAUGUCUCUGAUGCUCUUCAUGGAGAGGCUUUACAUGGGCAUUGUCAUCAUCCUGGUGAAGCUCUUCUGGAAGAAGCCCGACAAGAGAUACAACUGGGAGCCCAUUCGGGAGGACCUUGAAAUCGGGAGCGGGGCUUUCCCAGUGGUCCUUAUCCAAAUCCCAAUGUUCAAUGAAAAAGAGGUUUACAAGAUCUCCAUUGGGGCUGCCUGCAACCUUUCAUGGCCAUCCGAUCGCCUCGUGAUUCAAGUACUUGAUGAUUCCACUGACCCUGUCAUCAAGGAUAUGGUGGAGAAGGAGUGCCAGAGGUGGGCUAGCAAAGGAAUCAACUGUAGGUACCAAAUCCGAGAGAACCGCGUCGGGUACAAAGCCGGCGCCCUGAAGGAAGGCCUCAAGCGCGACUACGUCAAGCACUGCGAGUUCGUCGCCAUCUUCGACGCCGACUUCCGCCCCGAGCCCGACUUCCUCCGCCGCGCCAUCCCCUUCCUCGCCCUGAACCCGGACAUCGCCCUUGUUCAAGCCCGCUGGCGAUUCGUAAAUGCGGACGAGUGCUUGAUGACAAGGAUGCAGGAGAUGUCAUUGGAUUAUCAUUUUACAGUGGAGCAAGAAGUGGGAUCUGCUACUCAUGCAUUCUUCGGAUUUAACGGGACUGCUGGUGUGUGGAGAAUAGCUGCAAUCAAUGAAGCUGGCGGGUGGAAGGAUCGAACCACAGUGGAGGAUAUGGACCUUGCUGUCAGAGCCAGCCUCAGGGGCUGGAAAUUUGUUUACCUUGGUGACCUCCAGGUGAAAAGUGAGCUUCCCAGUACUUUCAAAGCCUUCAGAUUUCAGCAGCAUAGAUGGUCCUGCGGUCCUGCUAAUCUGUUCCGGAAAAUGGUGAAGGAAAUCAUUCUAAACAAGAAAGUGACGCUCUUCAAGAAGGUGUAUGUGAUCUACAGCUUCUUCUUCGUUCGAAAGAUCAUUGCCCAUAUGGUGACCUUCUUCUUUUACUGCGUUGUGUUGCCACUGACCAUUUUGGUGCCCGAGGUUGAAGUCCCUAUAUGGGGAGCCAUCUACAUCCCUUCUAUAAUCACCACUCUGAAUGCAGUUGGGACUCCAAGGUCGAUUCAUCUGCUAUUUUACUGGAUCCUGUUUGAGAACGUGAUGUCUCUGCAUCGUACCAAGGCAACUUUCAUUGGUUUGCUAGAGGCUGGAAGAGCUAACGAAUGGGUUGUGACCGAAAAACUUGGAGAUACUCUCAAGAACAAAUCGAAUGCCAAAGGACCAAAAAGGCCGGUUUUCAAGAUUGGAGACAGAAUCCAUCUAUUGGAGCUGGGAUUUGCAGCAUUCCUCUUCUUCUCAGGAUGCUAUGAUUUUCUCUAUGGGAGGCACUACUACUUCGUUUACCUCUUCCUACAAACCAUAACCUUCACUAUCACGGGAUUCGGCUACAUUGGCACCAUCGUUCCAGGCUCCUAGUCGCCGACGCUCGGAUUCUGCCCCCCCAACCAACCGGCCGGCACAAUUCUUGCUACCAAAUCCAUCUCAUCAACAUGUAUCUUUCUCAUCUAUAACAGCUAGCACAUAUAUCAGUGCACUUCUGUUGCCAACAACUUGAUCUGCAUUUGUUCCAAUUUGAUCAGCUCAUAAAAACAAAAUUCAAGGCCCAUUAAUCGUGUUGAGCAGGAAAUUCCAAGCUCUAGGAGAAAUGCCAAAAAGAGAAGAAAGAAAAACUGGAGAAGAAAUACCAACAAGAAAUACGUUUGAGCAGAAGAGAGACAGUUCAUAAUAUAUGCUCUUAGAAAACACUACUCUGUGGUCUUACUUAUUCUAUUCAGACAGAUUGUUUUUCUUGUAAUUGCUAGGGUUUGUGUUUGUUAAUUUCUAUCUUGUUCAGCUUCUAAAUUUGUUUUCCUUAGCUUGAGUGAGAUAAUAAGUUUGUCUCAAAGGGCCAACCUUGUAAGCAAAGUUUUUUCCAAAUCUGUUUAUUUGGUGAUAGAUGGCUUGCAUCAGAAAUUUUAUAUCUGUAGAAAUAA